AUGGAGGUUUCAUGGGAUGCAGAUAACUUCGAACCGAAACUUCCGACCACGUUGACAUCUUCCAAUAGAUGGGAGGGCGAGGACGAGGAAGAAGCUGUGAAGGACAGCUGGGAAGACGAAGAAGAAGAAAAGAAAGAUGAAGAGAAAAAGGAAGUUGCCCCUCCACAACCGAAGCCUAAAAAGAAAAUACAAGAUAAAAUUGCUGAAAAAGAGCGAUUAGAGCGUGAAAAGGCAGAAUGUAUAGAGAAGGAAGAAGAGAUGACGCCAGAAGAGAAACUCGCUGAGAAACUGCGUCGACAAAAGUUGCAAGAAGAGUCUGAUCUUCGGCUUGCUUUGGAGACUUUUGGUAUAUCUGAAGGGGGCAGUGGCAAGCUAGACAGUUUUAAUCCAACGAAUAAGGCAGAGUUCAUAGAGUUUGCCGAUCUUCUCUGCAAAAAGAUCAACAUAUAUAAAGGAAAGGAGGAUUUUCCUGGCUUUGUUGAUGAUCUCGUGAAAAAUAUUGUAGUACAAAUGGCUUCUGCUGACAUUAAGAGGAUAAAAAUGACCGUUGAUAAUCUAUACAUUGAAAAACAAAAGGCGGAGAAGAAUGAAAAGUCAAAGAAACCCAACAAAGGCAAGGGCAAAGCGAAAUUAAAAGUGGAGGGUGACAAUGCUCACCUCAACCAAUACGACUCGUACGGUAAUUUUGAUGAUGACUACGAUGACUUUAUG